GGAGCCGGGAGCCGGGAGCCGGGCAGCACCUUGCGGCGGGCGGAAGUUUGUGCCUGUUGCCUCUUGUCCUGUUGCUGGAUACCACCAAGAGGAGCCUGGUUUCAUCUUCUUUACACCUCCAUCAGUAACGGCCUCCCCAACUGAAGAUGUCGAACAAUGGGGUUGAAACAGAAGACAAACCACCUGCUCCUCCAAUGAGAAAUACCAGCACUAUGAUUGGAGCGGGAAGCAAAGAUCCUGGGACUUUAAACCAUGGCUCCAAACCUUUGCCUCCCAACCCGGAGGAGAAGAAAAGGAAGGACCGAUUUUACCGCUCUAUUUUACCAGGAGAUAAAACUAAUAAAAAGAAAGAGAAAGAGCGGCCCGAGAUCUCCCUCCCUUCAGACUUCGAGCACACGAUUCAUGUGGGGUUUGAUGCAGUCACGGGAGAGUUCACAGGAAUGCCAGAGCAAUGGGCACGUUUACUGCAGACUUCCAACAUCACCAAGUCGGAGCAGAAGAAGAACCCUCAGGCAGUGCUGGAUGUGUUGGAGUUUUACAACUCCAAGAAGAUUUCCAACAGCCAGAAGUACAUGAGUUUCACAGAUAAAUCCACAGAGGAUUACAAUUCAUCAAAUACGUUGAAUGUGAAAGCUGUCUCCGAGAGCCCUGCAGUGCCCUCAGUGUCUGAAGAUGAAGAUGAUGAAGAUGAUGCAGCUCCACCCCCUGUGAUAGCUCCGCGACCUGAACACACGAAAUCUAUCUACACCCGCUCUGUGAUAGACCCUCUGCCUCCUCCAACCAGAGAUGUGGCCACCUCUCCUAUUUCUUCUCCCUCGGAGAACAGCACAGCGGCGCCCGAUGCGCUGGUCAGGAACAUGGAGAAACAGAAGAAAAAGCCAAAAAUGUCAGAUGAGGAGAUCUUGGAAAAAUUAAGAAGCAUUGUGAGUGUGGGUGACCCCAAAAAGAAGUACACGUGUUUCGAGAAGAUCGGACAAGGAGCCUCAGGUACAGUUUACACAGCAAUGGAUGUAGCUACAGGGCAGGAGGUUGCAAUCAAGCAGAUGAAUCUGCAGCAGCAGCCCAAAAAGGAACUGAUUAUUAAUGAAAUCCUUGUGAUGAGGGAAAACAAAAACCCCAACAUUGUCAACUACUUGGACAGUUACCUUGUAGGAGAAGAGCUCUGGGUGGUCAUGGAGUACCUGGCAGGAGGCUCCCUCACAGAUGUUGUGACCGAGACCUGCAUGGAUGAAGGACAGAUCGCAGCCGUGUGCCGAGAGUGUCUCCAAGCUCUGGAAUUCCUCCAUUCAAACCAAGUUAUUCACAGAGACAUCAAGAGUGACAACAUCCUGCUGGGAAUGGACGGCUCUGUCAAACUAACUGACUUCGGGUUCUGUGCCCAGAUCACUCCCGAGCAGAGCAAACGCAGCACCAUGGUGGGGACCCCGUACUGGAUGGCACCUGAAGUGGUGACACGGAAAGCAUAUGGGCCCAAAGUGGAUAUCUGGUCACUGGGGAUAAUGGCCAUCGAGAUGAUUGAAGGGGAGCCCCCCUAUCUCAAUGAGAACCCCCUAAGAGCCCUGUAUCUCAUUGCCACUAAUGGGACUCCAGAACUGCAGAACCCAGAGAAGCUUUCACCCAUCUUCAGAGACUUCUUAAACCGUUGUCUUGAAAUGGAUGUGGAAAAGAGAGGUUCUGCCAAAGAGCUGCUGCAGCACCAGUUCCUGAAAAUUGCCAAGCCUCUCUCUAGCCUCACUCCUCUGAUUAUUGCAGCUAAAGAGGCAGCCAAGAACAACCAUUAAAGUGAUGGAGUCAACACAAGUCGUUGUGUCAAUGACUCUGAGAUGCUCAUUUCAGAGACUGAAUUACUGCUCCGUCUCCCUUUCUGCUCCUUCUUCACAAGGGGCUUCUUAAAACUGAUCUGCCCUGAAGGGUGCCAGUGCCAUUGUCACUGAAUGUGUAAGGGCACCCAACAGGGACAUCUUAAAGAGUGAACUGCCUUCCCGUCCGUGUGAUGGGAGAGGGGAAGAGUAUUUUGUAUGGUUGAGAAGAUCUGAGAACGUCUGAUCCUGACCUACAUGUAGCGAAGCCAGUUUGCUUCCAUAGUUCUUACUGGGUUCAUUUGUAAGAAUCAUGUGGAGCCUUAGACCAUGCUUAUUGUAAUAAAGGAAAUCUUUUGCUGCCUGGACUUUGCCUGCUUCUGCCAAGCUGCUGUUACCCCACUGAGGCUGCUUUGGAGGACUGGAAAAGAGAAGGAAUGAAGCAGCAGCGAUGUGAAGAGUGCAGCAACCAAAGGGGGAAUGAGGGUGUGAAUACACAUCCCUCCAUCAGCACCGCUGGAUCCUUAGAGGGAGGAUGGAAAAGCCUCUGUGUGCUUCCUGCAGCCAUUGGAGUAGCUAAUUCAUGGAUAAUCCUUUUGCCAAAUUGUGUGGAUUGGGGGUUCCCUCCCCUUUUAGUUUCAACUGAACAACAUUUCUAUGUCCUAGGAGGUAAAUCACAGGAAGAAUUGUCAGCCAGCUCUAUUUUAUCAGUGCUACGAGGCUUCUUAGAGGACCCUUGCCCUGUGUUCUGAAGCAAACAGAGCAAUUACUGCGAUAAAGAUAAGCUUUGCCAGCAAAAUGAUGUGGAAAACUCUUGGUUCUUAGAGCAAGUCCAACGGAAACCAAACUGAUCACGGAUGCUGCUGUCUUGGAGACAUUGAUUUCUGGGGAAACGAGAGUGGUUUCUUUAUGCUACUGAUUCCUUCGGUGUCCAAUAGUCUGCAAACCAUGGAAGCCGGCCCUGUGAGAGGGGCUGGUUGGAAACACUGGGCUCAUGUUCAGCUGUAUACUGAUUUUUUUUUUAAUCUUAAAUAAAAUGACUGCUGAGUUUCUUAA